GAUAAAGUUGUUUGAAGCUGAGCCGGCGGCGACGGGUCACGUGAGCGGAACAUGGCGGCCCCGGCAGGCGGCGGGGGCUCCGCGGUGUCCGUGCUGGCCCCAAACGGGCGGCGCCACACGGUGAAGGUGACGCCGAGCACCGUGCUCCUGCAGGUUCUGGAGGACACGUGCCGGCGGCAGGACUUCAACCCCAGGGAAUACGACCUGAAGUUUCAGAGGAGCGUGCUUGACCUCUCCCUGCAGUGGAGGUUCGCCAACCUGCCCAACAACGCCAAGCUGGAGAUGGUGCCCGCCUCCCGCAGCCGCGAGGGGCCCGAGAACACGGUGCGCAUCGCUCUGCAGCUGGACGAUGGCUCCAGGCUGCAGGACACUUUCUGUUCCGGCCAGACACUCUGGGAGCUUCUCAGCCACUUCGCAGAGACCCGGGCGUGUCUGGAGCAGCCGUGGGAGGCCAGCCCGGUCUGCGUGUACAUGAGGGACGAGGUGGCUGGAAGAGCUGCCCUGCAGAGCACGACGCUGCAGUCGCUGGGCCUCACCGGGGGCAGUGCCAUCCUCAGGUUUGCCAUGCGGCCGAACGACUCUGCCACCGGGCCGCAGCCUGGGGUCUCCCAGAGCAGGAGCCCGGCCAGCCCGGCCGCUGCCUUGCCAGCCCAGCAGGUGGCCAGCAGCCCGCUGCUCCCCUGGGACUCCGAGGGGCUCAGCCGGGGCGACGUGAGCCGGCAGGACGGAGCGGCCGCCUCGGGGGCUGGCCCCGUGGACAGUACGGGCCCGAAGCCUGCAGACACCCCGGCAAAGCCGACCUCCAGGGAGCCCCCGCCCGCCCCCUUCGUGCCUUUCUCAGGGUGGGGGCAGCGCCUGGGGGGCCCCUGUGGGUCUGCACGGUGUCCACCGUCGCCUAGGCUGCCCAAGUCCUUCUCCAGCCCCGGGGGCCCCUCCAAGCCAAAGAAGUCGAGGCCCCCGCCAGAGCCGGAGCCGGAGCCAGACCCAGAGCCGCCGGUGGCCCGGGACCCCGUGGUGUGCCACCCCGACCAGGAGGAGCUGCCACAGGCCCGGCCGGCAGAGCUGCCGGACGAGUUCUUUGAGGUGACCGUGGACGACGUGCGGAGACGCCUGGCCCAGCUCAAGAGUGAGCGGAAGCGCCUGGAGGAGGCCCCCUUGGUGACCAAGGCUUUCAGGGAGGCCCAGACGAAGGAGAAGCUGGAGCGAUACCCCAAGGUGGCCCUGAGGGUGCUGUUCCCUGACCGCCACGUCCUGCAGGGCUUCUUCCGGCCCAGCGAGACAGGUAGGAGGCCACCCCUGGGCAUCCGGGGCCCCUGGGGCCCCUUCGAGUGCCCCCUGGCUCCCGCAGGGCUGCGGCGGCUCGGAGCAACAGGGUUUGAUGAGGCCUCUGGGUGGACAAAUGACGAGGUGACCGUGAAGCCAGGCUGCCAGAAGACAUGGGGUCCUGCCACAACCCGGGACCCCUCAGCCCGAGACGAGGGCAGACCUGCCUCGGGCCUCCUGGUGGCCCGUGCCGCUCUCCUGGCACUGUCCGGUCGGGUCCCCGGGAUGCAGGCCAGCGGGGGGCUCCUUUGGGGCUGUGAGCCCGACGGCCCCCAGGGGGCCCAGCCCCAGCAGGUGGGCUUGGAGCGUGUGGGCGAGCUGUGCGGGUGGUCCCGAGGGGCAGGGCCCGGCCGCACCAGGAAGGGCGUGGCAGUGCCUCCCACUGGCCCGGGGCCUGGAGCAGCGCCCCCCACGGAAUGCUGGCCCCAGGCACGGCAGUGGGGGUCUCCAGGCACCGAGGCCCUCGCCCGUGUCGCUCACCCGUGGCGGUGGUCCCAGCACUCCCCGGCCCGGCCUGGACGCUCCUCUGGGCAACUCCCCCACCUCUGCGCCGGGAGCCGGGGGCAGGGAGCCCCCCUGCCCGCCCUGCAGGCAGAGCUGUUCCCCGCUGCCCUGGUGCACUUCGGGGCCGAGGAGCCCGCAGGCCUCUACCUGGACCCCAAGCUGCUGGAACACACCAUCGCCCCGUCUGCGGCUGACACGCUGGUAGCCAGGUGCAUGUGCAGGGCCGCCCCGCCCCAGUCCCCGCUGCCAGCGUUGAACCCCGCGCCCCUGGAGCCGGAGGCAGCUGCCCAGGAGGGUGCCUUGGGGCCCCCCGAGCCCAGCCCCGGGCCGGCCCAGCCCUUGAGGAGGGACCUGGGCAAGGUGCCCAAGUGGCUGAAGCUGCCAGCCAGCAAGAGGUGAGAGCUGCCAGCCAGAGGUUCCCGCCCUGCCGGCGACAGGACCCCUCCCCACCCCAACUCAAAUAAAGACUGGAGCCUCCCCGA